AUGGCGGGCAGCAAGGAGGUUCUGGCUCAUGAAGCCGGCCUGGAUGGAAAUUCCCAGGAUGACCGAGAUAUGGAGCGUUUGGGGAAAGCUCAGCAAUUCAAGCGAAACUUCCGUUUUUAUUCGAUUCUGGGGUUCACGACGACGUUGAUGGCCUCAUGGGAGUCGAUUCUCCUCACGAGUACCUAUGGCCUGAUUGACGGUGGGCGAGCCGGCAUGAUUUAUGUCUACCUCGCGUCGUUUGUGGGAUUCUUCGCUUCUGUUAUUUCUAUGGCAGAGAUAUCCUCGAUCUCCCCAACAUCCGGAGGUCAAUAUCACUGGGUUAGUGAAUUCGCAGCUCCACGUUGGCAACGCUUUUUGAGCUACCUGACUGGGUGGCUGUCUGUUCUGGGAUGGCAAGCAGCCUUCGCCAGCAUCUGCUUCCUAUGCGGGACCUUGAUCCAGGGCCUUCUCGUCUUCAACUACUCCGGAUCCACGGGAUAUAUCUAUGCUUAUGAGCGCUGGCACGGAACCUUGUUGACAAUGGCGAUCGCCGCCAUUGGAACAUUGAUCAAUACCUAUGGUGCCAAGUUCCUGCCUCCGCUGGAGGGCAUCAUUUUGGGCCUCCACAUCUUUGGAUUCGUCGCUGUUAUGGUGCCCAUGUGGGUGAUGUCACCGGGCCAAGCCCCAUCAUCCGAAGUAUGGACCGUGUUCGGCAACGAGGGCGGCUGGACGAGUAUCGGCCUGGCAUGUCUAGUUGGCCAGUUGACCCCCAUCUUUUCAUGGACCGGUCCCGAUGCUGCGACUCAUAUGGCUGAGGAGGUUCAGAAUGCAGCUCUUGUCGUCCCAUGGUGCAUGGUGUCUACUGCCUUGAUAAAUGGCGGCCUGGGAUUCGUCAUGCUCGUGACUCUUCUAUACAACAUGGGUGAGAUAUCCGAUGUUCUCAGCCCGGCCAGCGGCUUCUCGCUCAUCCCGGCCGUCCACCAUGCGACGGGCUCCGUCGCCGCCACCAACGGCGUGGCGGCGAUCAUCCUAGUUAUGGAAGUUUGCAGUGCAAUAGGUAUUCUUGCGACCGCCUCCCGACAAACGUUUGCCUUUGCUCGCGAUAGCGCCCUCCCCUUCUCUCGUGCACUGGCCCACGUCAACCGCCGUACUCAGAUCCCAGUCACCUCCGUGCUCGUUUCGACCAUCAUCACCCUUCUACUGAGCUUGAUUAAUAUCGGCUCGACAGCCGCUUUUAAUGCCAUCGCCUCGGUCAUGAUUGCCGCGUUGUUCACUACGUAUAUUCUGUCGAUUGGUGCGUUUAUUCGAGCUCGAUUCCAGCCCGGUGGAAUUCCACCUUCGCGCUUUUCGCUGGGAUCCCUGGGAUUGCCUAUCAACGUCUUCUCUGUGGCGUAUCUCUGUUUCGCUAUUGUUUUCACUUUCUUCCCCACUGCCGCGAACCCAACACCGGUGGAUAUGAACUGGUCGAUUCUUGUCUUUGGAUUCGUGGUGAGUUUUUCUAUUGUCCAGUACCUUGCCCACGGACGCCUUGUCUAUCAGGCCCCGGUGACGCAGGUUCGGAAGGCGGAAUGA